UCAAAUGCAAUCGAUACAUGUCUCCCGAGUAUGCAAUGAGAGGGCUAUUUUCAAAUAAAUCGGAUGUCUAUAGCUUUGGUGUUUUGCUACUGGAGAUGGUCAGUGGCAUGAGGAAUAUGUGUUUCCAUUAUCGUGAAAAAUAUUUGAACCUCCUUGGUUAUGCAUGGAAAUUGUGCAAUGAAAGCCGGGCAUCAGACUUAGUAGAUGAGGUAGUGAUUGAUUCAUGUUCCUGGUCUGAAGUAAUGAGAUCCAUACAUAUUGGCCUUCUUUGUGUUCAGGACCACACUGCGGAUAGGCCAACAAUGUCUGUUGUGGUUCUCAUGCUAAGUAAUGAAAUAGAUCUUCCACAUCCAAAACAGCCUACAUUCACUAUUCAAAGCUUGUCAGAUGUCGAUCUUCGGUCACAAUGCAAUAAAAUAUCUUCCGGUAGUAAGGCAUCUCUAUCAAUUAUUGAGGGGCGAUAACCAAUUAACAAAUUAUAUAUAUGUCGCACAACAUAUUUUGAUAUAUUUGUGUUGGCUACGUAUUUUGUAAAAGACUAGUUACAGUUCGACGUGUGGCAGAGUAAGGGUAAUAUAGGAAGACUGUUCAAGUCUUCGAUCCUGAUCGUACACGUGACAGUUGAUAUUGUCUAUUGCGUG